GCCGCGGCGGAGCAGUGACGCUCUGCGAUUGGGUGAGCGCGAGGCUAAAGUGUAUUGUACAGUAAAAAGAGAAGAACAACAACAGCUGCGGCCGCAUGAGGCUAACAACACACUCUCUCGCACUUUUCGGCCGCGCACUGUGAAGAUUUCGGAUGUUAAGAUGGCUGCAAAGUUCUCAAUUUCAGACAGUGAGUCCGAGCCAUCCGAGGAGGUAGAAGAGGAAGAAACCAACGAAACACCAGCAGAUCAGCGUGUCCGUCGGCGUCUUGACCUCAGCUUAAAUGAAUUCAACCUGACAGCGACUGGUCGGAUCAGGCUUAACUCGGAGUCAAUCGCUUCCACAGUCUCCAGAGACGAGGAGCUCCAGGCCAGGGCCGAAGAGGAGGUGGGCACACCCACAGAGGGCGCUCCGUUCAGGGGGCGGUCAAAGUCGGCUCCCCCGGCCCUGUGGGCCGCCAAGAAGUACGGCCAGAGGCUUCGAAGGAUGAGUGAUGAAUUCGACAGUUUGCUGGAUAAAGGGGAGAUGAAGAAGUUGAGGAAUCCAGGCCAAGCCAGACAGAUUCACCACUCUAGAAGCUGGUGGAGCUACCUCUUCAGCCACCAGGAGACCGAGGGCGAGAACAACCACCACGAAAACCACAGCCAUGACCGCACCGAGUAGAGACGGACGCCGAGCGUGAGCUUCGGAGCGAGAAGACGGCAGCGAGGACGCCGAGGGAACAAUGAAGACCAGAACAAUGUAACCUGUUAUGGAGGGGAAGAAAAAAGGAAGAACAAAAAAAGAACAAUCCAAACUCAAAGACAUGCUGAAGACCUGAAUAUGUCAUUUUUCUACAUCAUUGGUAACUACGUUUAGGUAAAUUUUAUUUGUAUUUGUAUUGAUUGUGAUGUAACCAAUAUUGUUGGGGCAGCCCAUUGUGCUAUGGUAAAAGUUGGUCAGGCAUGAGGACGGACUGUUGAAAUACUGAGCGGAUAGAACAGACACAGUCUCUGUCUAAAGAAAAAAAAUACAGGUAUGUAUAGUUCUGUACUGUAGAGGAGGGCAAUCAGUUUAAGAGACCCAGCAUUUCGUCGUCUCUCGCAUCAACACUAUGCAACAUGCGGUAGAUGGGGAGAUAAAUGGACUGAAAACGCCCGACAAUCGAAGCUCCUUCCUUGGCAUCAGCAGGGUCUUCGCGUUAACCGGAGGCUCUUUCGGCUCCAAAUGUUUGUGCCUGACGGGCUCCUGAAGAUCAGCGUGUGCCAAAACAAUCAACGCAGUUUUGAAGAGCAAAGAUAGGAAGGACUUUUCAAAAGCGGUCAACUUCAAUCCUUUAUUCAUCUUCCCUUUCUGCUACUUUACAAACCGAUACCACUUCAAACAACUGUACUCAACUAACAGUAACUGCUUUACUUGUGAAAUUUAUCAAAAAGGACAAUCUCUGAUGAUCCAGAAAUAUCUUUUUGUAAAACUUCAGGGUUAGAUUAUAGCUGAUGACAUUAAACAUACGUAUAAAAGCACAAACCAAUAUAAAUCUAUCUUUAUAAAUCCUUGGAUGAGCAAAAAAAAAAAAAAAAAAAACUUUGAAUUUUAUGUGUAAAUAUGUUGAUAUUUUAUCAAAUAGUGCAAGCUGGGCGUGCUAAGCAGAGGCAGUUCUGCCAGAAUUCUAUAUACAAGAUUUUCAUGCUGUUUCAUAAGCUUCAGCAGCUGAGCAAUAGGCAGUGUACAAUCCAUGGCUGUUCUGACAAACGUGACUGCACACAUGAACACGGUAGUAUUUACGGUGGGCAGGGAGAGAUUAACUGCUGUACAAGGAGCCAGCUCACUAGCCUUUGGUCUCAUUUACUACAUUUAGAUCUGGGGAAUCCAGUCACAUCCAAACACAACAGUGUGACUGUUUGAAUCGACAAAUCAGUUUCUUGUUGUGUAGGACUCCCCCCCCCCCCCCCCCCCCCCCCCCCCCCCCCCCCCCCCUCUUUAUUAGGAUGUGACUAACAUGAGACCUUAAGCAGGCUGAGUUUUGACUGUAGAAGCUCUGAACUGAUGCUACACUUGCCAUUUGUGUUAUUAUUCGGCACAUACCAUAUACGACCUUUAUGGAAGUCGGCAUUAAAUAGUGCGAUCAGAACUUCUGUGCAACUUGGCAAACACGAUUAGGCUGUGACUUGUUUUAUGAGUAUGUGAUUAUUGAAAAUGGUAAAAGGUUUGUUCUACUCGUGUCUUAUUCUCUUCCACUCGACUGGUAGGGUCGAACUGUGAAGUGCUCACAUGUGCAGGCUAACGGGGGCUGCAUUUGUAUCGUCUUGAUGCUAAAAUUUAGGCUUUUUU